AUGUACGUUGAUACACAUGAAGAACUAUCCUUUGACCGUCGGGUUCCGCUGGAAUUAUACGUCCAACAAUUACUAGAGCAGCAGCAGCAUACAGCAGCUAAAGGUAAACUUUCGAAAAUCCAAAAAUACAGGGUCAACAUCCCUACCAAGGAAAAGACAGAGACUGCAUCUAAACUCGCUAAAGUAAGGCAUCCAUUGGAUGAUGCUUCUGUUGAUGAAACCAACGAGAACAACUGUUCUGAAGACGACUACGAUUCGCUUGAUGACGUUUCAUAUUCUUCCUGCUCAACCUCGCCAGAACAGUUUAGAGAGCCGCUGUUUCUUCAAGGCUACGUGCUUAAUUCACCAAGUCAAUGUGAUCUAAGUUUGGGGAGUAGCAUACCAAGUACCAGAUCGAGUCUUUCCCUCCUUUCGUUGAAUGGUUCAGCACUUAUACCUUCGUCACUAGCGAGCUCCCCGUCGACCACAACGGCAUUGUUUACAACAUCGUCUUCAACUACACCCAUAAUAAGCCGCAUAGAUGCCGAUACCACUGCAAUCUCAUCACCGUUAUUGACACCAAGCUCCUCACCACUUUCCACAUUUGUUUCCUUUGAAAACACCAGCAGGUGUGAACGAACAAAAUUGCCCAAACUAAGUAGAUCUUCGUCGACGGAAUGUUUGAGUAAAGUGCUCCACAAGUAUCAACUGAAGCAAUCUCUAUACUCGAAUCUCACGGAAUCAAUAAAAUCAAUUAGGGAAAGACUUGUGACAAGGGCAUUAGCCGAUUUUGAAGUGGAUACACAUGCAGUCACAGAAAAAGAAUUACCAGCCGCUAAUACUGAAGAGCUUCCAGCCCAAGAGUUGAUUACAUUUUUUGAGGCUAAACAUGACCACGACACAACUUCUCAAGAACACAUCAAACCAUCUUUCAAAAAUAGAGACCACCGCAUCAAUGCACAAUUUCUAAGAUUAUAUGCCUACGACUACAACGCACGCAUCAACUCCAAAACCCUCCCCAAUUCCCUUUCACAAGAGGACUUGAUGAUUAUUAUUUUAAACAACCCACAUUUGAAGUCGUUCCAUUCACGGCACAAUAUAUACCACAUUUCGAACUUGUCAAGACAAAAACUUUGGAAUUCUGUUGUACUCAAACCUAGACACGACAAGUCACCAGAAGAAAGCGUUGAUUCCGAGGAUUACAUCUGUGUUGCCGAUGACCUGCUGGUGAGCAGCCAUGCGUCACUCACAAGAAAGAAUAGCAAGUAUUUGCCGUGGGAUUUGAAACCAAGUAUCAAGCCAGCUGGGAUCUUACCUCGUGGUAAAUGGGUGUUUAAUGGUAAAGCACCCAACCUGGGAGUUUCCAAAACGCAAUUUACUGUAAAAGGUUGGUGUAAUAGUAGAUGGGUCGCUAAGACGGCCUUGGAUUAA